CUCUCUCUCUCGCCCGCGACGAAUCGGAGGAGGGGAUCGCGACGCAGGCAGGGAGAGGCUGCCUUCCCGAUCGCACGCGGCGAUGGAUCGGCUGUCGCGGCCGGCAAGCCCGGCGGGCGGGUACGCGAGGAGGGGCGGCGGGGCGUACGCGCACCACCACGGCGGCGGCGGCUCGGCGCAGACGUCGCCGCCUGGCGGGGGGUCGCCGACGGCGUCGCCCGUCCACCGCCACGCGCGGGCGGGGUCGCUCGGGGGCGCCGGGGCCGCGUCGACCGUCGGGCGGAGGGGGUCGCGCGCGCACAACACCGCCGCGCGGGCCGCGGCGCAGAGGCUCGCGCGGGUCAUGGCGUCCACCGACGGCGCGGGGGGUGGAGGCGGCGGGGGCGGAGGGGGAGACGGCGGCAGCGGCAGCGACGACGACGAGUACGAGCUCUCGGGCCCGCCCAUCGAGCUCUCCUCCACCCCCCGGCGCACCGCCACCCGCUCCCCUUCCCCCUCGAUAGGUCGUUACCUUGCGGAUCAGACACAAGUGAACCGACCGCCGUCGCUGACGAACCGAUACACGGCUGGGAAGUCGGUUCCAAUGAUACCAUCAAUCAAGCAGCAGACCCGGCCAGCGACGAGCGGUGCAGGGUUGGAGUCCCCCGUGGUAAACCGGCGGGAGCAGAGGAGAUCAGUUGAUCUAGGAAGCUCUCUGAGAGCACGGCGGACCUCUUCUUCUCUUCAUGAUGAGAUUAACACCCUCCAAGUGGAAAAUGACAGCAUGUAUGAAAAAUUUAACCUUGCAGAAGAAAGGAGUGAGGAUGGAGAUGUUAAGUCCAUGCACAUGGCUGCUGUUAUUGCUGAUGCCAUAGAACCAGAGGCCAAUCUAAUCAGCAGAAAGGAUGCAGCGCUAGAACAAAGAAAGGCUGCAUUGAGAAUUGCUUCAAGAAGGUCUAACAGUGCUAGCUGUGAUGAAAUCACAACCCUUCGGUCAGAAGCAAAGGCUGCCAAUUCUGUAGCUAGAUCUGCAUCGCAGCGCCUAAAGAGUACUGGAUCAGACAUAAGAUCUCUCCAGGGAGCAACCAACAGAAUGGUCCUGUCUCAAGAAGAGAUGGAGGAGGUGGUUCUAAAGAGAUGUUGGCUCGCUCGCUACUGGAAACUAUGUGUUAGACUAGAUAUACAUUCAGAUAUUGCUGAAGAAAAACAAGAUUACUGGUCAUCAUUUGCACCACUUUCCCUUGAAGUUGUCCUGUCAAUUGGGCAAAAAGCUAGAGAUGGAACAUUGUCAGAUAAUGCUGACAUGGAGACCAGAAGUAAAAUGUCUGAUGCAAGUCACUUGAAUGAUAUGACUGGAGAUGGAAAUAUUGAGAACAUGCUUUUAGUUGAGAGGGGACUACGUGAAUUAGCUUCACUCAAGGUAGAGGAUGCCAUCAUGCUUGCUUUAGCAGAACAUCGACGCAUCAAACCUCUCUCAGGCCCAGCUUCUUCUGAAGGUCAGAACCCUACAGAGUCCUUGGAGUUAAGCGAGGAAGAGCAGGAUGAUGUACGGUUCAAGCAGGCAUGGUUAACCUACUUCUGGAGGCGAGCCAAAAACCAUGACAUAGAAGAAGAUAUAGCGGAUGAGCGGCUACAGUUUUGGAUAGAACAAGGCAACCAUCCAGUUGGUACAAUCGAUGUCAUAGAAGUUGAGAGAGGACUUAAUGAGCUGAAGAAGCUGGGAAUCGAGUCUCAGCUGUGGGAAGCGACCAGGAGAUCUCUCGACGAUGACUUUAGCAAUCACGGGAGCCCAACCGGAUCAGAAAUUUAGCCGACACAAUAAUGCAACGAGGCCUGGUGCCAAUUUUGUUUUGUCACUGGUCCUAGAGCCUCAGUAGUGUCCUGUUUUUGCGCAAUUUGUUUAUAUAUCAUGCAAACGUUUUGAUCGGAACACGAACUAAUUCUCUCCUGGAA